GUCGCACCUAACAACAUAAUAAACCGUAAGUGUGUUUACAGAAUUUAAAUUGAAGAGUGAGAGUUUUUAACGAACGGAAAGACUCCCUGCGAAGACUGAGGGAUGAAGUUCCCUGUGGAUCUGCUGGCUGAUGUUAGCCAAGCAGAGCUGGAACAGUCAGCCCGCAACUACAUGAACAACCUCCUAUACAGCAACCCCGACUCUCCUGAGCACCUGACCCUGUCUGACUCCACCACGGUCACCAUAAAUAUCUCCAGAGUAGGCUUGGUUCCUCUGUACGGACACAAUGAUGACAAGACAAUCCUGGCCCUCUUCUCUCCCACUGACCUGUUCUCUACUGUGGCUCUGUACCUGCUGGACCGGUGGUGGACAGUGGAGGACAUUCUCAAGACAGCAGACCCUGCUCGUGAUGGAGUUGUAGAGGUGGAGACGCUUGGAGAGAGAAUAGUUUUAUACAUUCUUAAUCGGGUGAUCUACAGAGCCAAGGAGAUGAGCAGCUCUGAGGAGGAGGUGCCUUUCCUCUGCCAUGGAGAAAAAGAUUAUGCAAAAAUCCACUGGAAUAAUGGAGAGGCUGUUGGCUUCUACUCAGUCAAACCCUCAGGCAGCUUAUGUAAUUCUUUUUCAACCAGAAGCUAUCAGCUUCCUGUGAUGGACUCCAUAUUUGUCAGGAAAUGUCACCGUGGUAAAGGCUUUGGCCUCCAGAUGCUGGAGGACUUUGUGCUCAGUUUCAAAGAAGAGUAUCUGGGGUUGAGGUACCCCCUCACAAAAGCAAUGUACAAAGUGUGUGAAAAGUACCUCCGCCAGUAUCCAGGAGGCACAGACCUGCUGUGGGAGGUGGAGAGUGUUGGUGGGCCAAGCCAGAGGACCAACAUAGCCAACAAGAUCCAGACCAUGGAUCGGAGUGCUGUAUCCAGGAAUCUGUCAUUCAUGGAGGAAUCACUUGUGAUCACUGAGGUGACUGAAAAGGAUGUGGUCAUGGAGGCAAUUACCACACAGAUAAAAGAAGCUGGAUCUAUGGAGUGCACAGUUGAAAUUGUGGAGGAAGUGACAGUACUGAGAGCCACCAAAGAGGCCGAUGACGUGCCUGUUGCAGCUCGGAGUAGGAGCAGUGGCUCAAAACGAAGGAAGACUGGAGGAAAGAUCACAGAGGACAAGCCAGAAAAAAUGAUCAGAAUCGAGGAUAUUGAAGCAGAAACCCCCACAGAGGAGCAUGUUUCUGAGCAACAGAAAAACGAAGUUCAUAAUGUCUCUGAAAUGAUGCAGACUGAGAGUGUGCUCAGUGUGGCUACUGAAGAAAAAGCAGAGGAUGAAGUUGAUGAUGCAGCUGAAGAAUCAGCACCUAGAGUGACAGAUGUACCAGCCACUGUCCUAACCUCACAAGACCUUGAAGAAGCUGAGGUUACAUCAGCACCCGCUGCUGAAGAGUCUCCAGUAGAAGAUGAUGGCACACAGGAUCUGAACGACACCUCCUGUGACUCACAGAUAACAGUUGAAAAUGUGGCACCAGAACUUGAGGGAGCAGAUGAAGAGUCUCAAGAAGAAGACACUGCAGUGCUGGUAGUCUCUGAUGAUGUUUUAGAGGUGCACAAGGAAGAAGAAGCCCUGGAUAAAGUGGAAGAGUUAACUCAAGGUAAGAUCUCUGAUGAAAACUCAGAAGAACCAGCACAACAUGAGUUAAGUCUAUCAACACAUGCCGCAUCAGAGGGUGGUGAUGCUGGAAAAACAGGGAGAACUAUUGGAAAGACCAUAAAAACUGUACAGAGGGAAACCCCCAGACGGAGAUCCCAGCGGCUCAGCAAGCUAGAGGAGGGGGUCAAGGAGGAAACUACAGCCCAGGAUGGUAGGAAAGUUUUGAGAGGAAGAACUGUUGUGAACAGCCCCGCGCUUACACGCAAGUAUCACCGACACAGCCAGAAAGUAUGUGAAGAAUUGGAUAAGGAGAUUAAUGAAGUGGCAGAGAAGGAGCCUCCUACAACUGAAGUAGUGGAGGAGUCAACUGUGACUGAGGGACAAGAAGCAGAAAUUGCUACCAGAGAGAAGAAUGUUGUUGCUGUGGAAGAAAUAGCAGAAGAAGAAAAGCUGCAGCAGUUGACAAAUGAAGAGGAGACAGAAAAACAUACGCAGCCUGGAGUGGAGGACACUGUAGUGAAAGACAGUGCCACAGAGCUUCCAGAUAGACAAGAGACAGAAGAGAAUGCUCUGAAUGAAAAAGUAACAGAGGCAGAGACGUCAAUGAUUGGGGAUAAAGCGGAGAACUCUGACGAUGAGAUAGAGGAGCCCCCUGUUGUACAGAGGAGAGCUUUGAGAGGCAGACGUAAAGCCACUCCUAAACCUAAACCCACAAAACAAAGUAAAAGGCAUCAGCAACAAGAGGAAAAGCACACAAAUGAAGCUGACCUGGGAGCAGGAGGUUCUGCUCGAGAAGAAGAAGCAGAUGAACAGGUGCAGGUGGAACAAGACAAGAUGAUUGACAAACCUCAAGACGAGAUACCAGCUGAGGAACUGACUGCUGUAAGAGAAGGUGGAGCUCUAAGAGCAGGGGAAGAGGAAGACGUUGUAUCUUCAGCUGAGGUGAACCUGGAGAGGAAGGUGGUACAGGAAGAGGAAAAGACAGAGGGAGGGGCAGAGACUGUAACUUUGGUUGAAGAAGAUAAGGAGGAAGAGGCACACAAUGUAAUACAAGAGCCUGACAAAGUUACUGUUGCUUCAGGAACAGUAACGCCUGACGAAGGUCAAGACGAGACUGUUGCAGAAGAGCUUCAAGAAAACAACACUGGCUCUGAGAUUCCCAUGCUCCAGAAAGCUACUGUCAUCUUAGUGGACCUGAAAACAAGCGGCCAUCAUUUUAGUGUGAAGGAGGCGGACGAAACACUAACUGCUGAAGAGUGUGCUGCUCCAGAAAAUGAACAGAUGGAGCUUAAAACAGCAGAGGGGGAUGUUUCCACUUCUGUUGCAGAGAAACAAACACCUGAGCCAGAAAAGCUGGCAGUGGAAGAGAAGGAAAGAGGGACACAGGACAACAUUACAGGAAAAUCAUUUAAUACAACUGCAGAAGCAGACACUGAAGAGCUUAAAGAAGACAGUUCUGAAAAAGAAAAGGAAGAAAUUCCCAAUGUGGAUGAUACAGAAACCGAAGAAGAGGAAGCACUGGUUAUUGAAACAAGAGUUCUCAGGAACAGGAGCAAGACUGUUGAAGCAAGCCGCAGGUCAACAAGCAGAACCAAACAGCAGCAGGGAGAAGGCAAAGCUGGUGAGGAUAUUACUGAAAAGGAAGCAGUCGAAAGAGAAACAGUCAUUGUUGAGGUGGAAGGAGAGAUGGAAGCUGUGGAGGAGAAACCACCUGCAACUUCAGAGACAGAUGCAGAUACAGAGGUAGACAUUCCAGUAGGAGAUGAUGCUGAACAGAAUAUCCAGCCUGCUGAGGUGGAUGAGGCAGUGACCUUAGAUGAGGAAGAAGCAUCAGUUGUUGAAACCAGAGCUUUGAGAAGUGGAACAAAGACAGUCACAUCUACACCAAGUAGCAAGACUGUAAGAAGCAGAAAGCAAGAGGAGGAGCAAGAUGAGGCACUUGCAGAAAACAGUGAAAAAGAGGAACCAGCAGUGACAACAAGAUCACUGAGACGGGGGAGGAUAUCUGCUUUUGCCACACCUAAAAGUAAACCCAGAAGAACCCGUAAACAAAUCCAGGAAGUAGAGGAUGAAGAGGCAUGUCCGCAGGCAGCUAUAGAAAAAACAGAUCAAGAAAUGGAGGAAAAAAGUGAGGAUGAGAUAGGAGAAGAAAUUAAGGAGAAUGCUGUGUCUGAAAAAGAAGAAAGUUUAGAGCCAGAAGCAGAGGAGGAGGAGGAGGAAGGGAAAGCUGUGGCAGAGGAAACUGUCUCAGAACAAGAUGAAGUGGAGGAGCAAUCAGAAGUCAUGUCUGAGACAUUGGCAGAUGAGGAGGUACAGGUUGAAGAACGCAAUGAUGAAGGGAAGCCAGUUGAGGGGGGUGAGGAAGUUCAACCACCACCAGUUGCUGAAACUAGAGCUCUGAGAAGUGGAGGGAAGACGAUCAAAGCGCCACCGACAACCAGAUCCAAAAGAAGCAAACAGCAAGAUGAUGAAGAAGAGGAGACGGGGGAAUCUGUCGAAAAGAGAAUGGAUGAAGAUGAACCGCCAGUAGAAACAAAGAUCCCGAGAAGGGGGAGGAAAUCUGUUAGUAGAAGCAGAAAACAGCUGCGGAAAGAGGAUGAGGCACCAAAGGAACUGACAGCUGAGGAGGCAGAGGUAGAGGGAGAAGUAGAGGCAGGGCUGGGAUCAGCUGAAAAGCCACCGACAGAAGGUGACGAGGAUGAAGCCACAGAGGAGAGUAAAGCAGAGGUGGAGGAGGAGGAAUCUGUAGCUGUAGAGGUAGAAAAAGGAGUGUCAGAAGAAGGAACAAUGACAACGACUGAAGAGGAGGAGAGCACAGCUGGAGAGGCAGCUGCUGCAGAUGAAGAAGGAGAAACUGACCCACCACUAGCUGAACCUGCAGCUAUACUCACACCCUGUGAAGAGGAAGCACCUUCAGAAGAGGAGCAACAGAGUGAAGAAUCCCAGCUUUCUGAUCUCCAAAGAGUGACUGUGGUUUUAGUGGACCUGAAAAAAACCUACCAAGAAGUCCAGGAUGAAACAGUAACUGCUGAGGAGGGCCCUCAAGAAGAGACUGCUGCCAUGGAAGAAGUUGAGCAGAGGAAGCUGAUGGAGGAGGAAACAAUGGCAGAGGAGCACGUUCCUGGUUCCCCUGUGGGAGCAGGACAAACUGAGCAGGAGGAGGCGGUAGUGCAAGAGGAAGGGUUGGGGGAGAAUGUGGAAGAUGCAGUCACAGUACACAAUACAGAGGAGGGGAGUGCUAAGGAGACAGCUGAAGUAGAUGAGAAUAAAAGUGUUGAUGAAGAGGAGGAACCUGCAGGCACCAAAGCCAGAAAACAAAGAAGUGGCAAAGAGGCAGUCAAAGCCACACCAAGACGCAAGUCAGCAAGAAAUAGAAAGGACGAUGUUCAACAAGAGGUGGAGGAGGUAGCCUCUGAAAAUAGUGAGGAGAAAACAGCAAUUCGAGUACUGCGGAGGGGUAGGAAGUCUUUCCCUGUCACACAAAGACGUGCAACAAAAAGAAGCCACAAGAAACUCCAGGAGGAAGAGGAAGGAGAGGAAUCUACAGCAGUUGAGGAGAGAGAAGCGAAGGAACAAGAGGAACAAGCUGAGGAACAGCAGCAAAUCAUUGAGCAGGAGGAGGGAGAAGGACUAGAGGAGGAGGAUACGACUCCACAAGUAGAAAAUAUUGAACCAGAAAUGAGUGUGGAGAAAGAGGACACUGUGGCAGAGGAAGCAGUCACACAACAAGAUGUUCCAGAGGACGGACAGGCCAGCAGCACUGAGAUCAACCAGGAAGCAGAGGCUCCAGCUGGAGAAAGUGCUGAUGAGGGAGAGACCUUAGAUGAUGUUGCAGAGGAAGCAAUCAUGACACAAGAUACAGUGGAGGCAGAACAGUCAACCUCCACAUCGGAAGUGGAUGACACUGCAGCUGGAGAAAGUGCACAAGAGACACUGUUGACAGCAAAGGACGAUGAGACAAAAAGUGUUUCUGAGGAGGAAGAAGCACCAGUUGUUCCAGCAAGAGUUUUGAGAAGUGGUGGAAAGACAGUCACAGCCACAGCAAGAAGAAAAACCACAAAAAUACAAGAUGAGGAGGCAGCUGGAGAGAAAAGCACAGAAGAAGACGAACCAACAGUAGAAGCAAGAGUUCUGAGGAGGGGACGGAAGUCUGCUCCUGCCACACCUAGACGUAAAUCUAAAAGAGCCCGCACACAACUUCAGACAGAGGAAGAGGGAGAACAAGAAACUGCUCCGACUGAAGAGACACAAGCAGAGGAAACCAAAGCAGAGGAAAAAGAAGACAACCAAGAUCUGAGGAUAGAAGAAAAGGACGAGGAGCAGAAAGAAGAAAAUACGGAGCCAGAAGUUGAGAUGGAAAAAGUCGAACGUGUGGCAGAGGUAUCCCUCACAGAGCAAGAGACUGUGGAAGAGGAACAGUCUGCUGUUGCAGAGACAUCUGCAGAUGAGCAGGGAGAGACUGUUGUUGGUGAAAGUGCUGAAGAGACACCACCUACAGAUGAGAGAAUGGUUACCAACGAGGAAGAAACACCAGUUGUUGAAUCAAGAGUUCUGAGAAGUGGUGGAAAGACAGUGACAACCACAACAAGACGGAAAAUCACAAAAAUACAAGAUGAGGAGGCAGAUUUGGGAUCAGCUGAAAAGCCAUCGACAGAAGGCGACGAGGGCGAAGCCACAGAGGAGAGUAAAGCAGAGGUGGAGGAGGAGGAAUCUGUAGCUGUAGAGGUAGAAAAAGGAGUGUCAGAAGAAGGAACAAUGACAACGACUGAAGAGGAGGAGAACACAGCUGGAGAGGCAGCUGCUGCAGAUGAAGAAGGAGAAACUGACCCACCACUAGCCGAGCCUGCAGCUGACUCAGCUAUACUCACACCCUGUGAAGAGGAAGCACCUUCAGAAGAGGAGCAACAGAGUGAAGAAUCCCAGCUUUCUGAUCUCCAAAGAGUGACUGUGGUUUUAGUGGACCUGAAAAAAACCUACCAAGAAGUCCAGGAUGAAACAGUAACUGCUGAGGAGGGCCCUCAAGAAGAGACUGCUGCCGUGGAAGAAGUUGAGCAGAGGAAGCUGAUGGAGGAGGAAACAAUGGCAGAGGAGCAUGUUCCUGGUUCCCCUGUGGGAGCAGGACAAACUGAGCAGGAGGAGGCGGUAGUGCAAGAGGAAGGGUUGGGGGAGAAUGUGGAAGAUACAGUCACAGUACACAAUACAGAGGAGGGGAGUGCUAAGGAGACAGCUGAAGUAGAUGAGAAUAAAAGUGUUGAUGAAGAGGAGGAACCUGCAGGCACCAAAGCCAGAAAACAAAGAAGUGGCAAAGAGGCAGUCAAAGCCACACCAAGACGCAAGUCAGCAAGAAAUAGACAGGACAAUGUUCAACAAGAGGUGGAGGAGGUAGCCUCUGAAAAUAGUGAGGAGAAAACAGCAGUUCGAGUACUGCGGAGGGGGAGGAAGUCUUUCCCUGUCACACAAAGACGUGCAACAAAAAGAAGCCAAAAGAAACUCCAGGAGGAAGAGGAAGGAGAGGAAUCUACAGCAGUUGAGGAGAGAGAAGCGAAGGAACAAGAGGAACAAGCUGAGGAACAGCAGCAAAUCAUUGAGCAGGAGAAGGGAGAAGGACUAGAGGAGGAGGAUACGACUCCACAAGUAGAAAAUAUUGAACCAGAAAUGAGUGUGGAGAAAGAGGACACUGUGGCAGAGGAAGCAGUCACACAACAAGAUGUUCCAGAGGACGGACAGGCCAGCAGCACUGAGAUCAACCAGGAAGCAGAGGCUCCAGCUGGAGAAAGUGCUGAUGAGGGAGAGACCUUAGAUGAUGUUGCAGAGGAAGCAAUCAUGACACAAGAUACAGUGGAGGCAGAACAGUCAACCUCCACAUCGGAAGUGGAUGACACUGCAGCUGGAGAAAGUGCACAAGAGACACUGUUGACAGCAAAGGACGAUGAGACAAAAAGUGUUUCUGAGGAGGAAGAAGCACCAGUUGUUCCAGCAAGAGUUUUGAGAAGUGGUGGAAAGACAGUCACAGCCACAGCAAGAAGAAAAACCACAAAAAUACAAGAUGAGGAGGCAGCUGGAGAGAAAAGCACAGAAGAAGACGAACCAACAGUAGAAGCAAGAGUUCUGAGGAGGGGACGGAAGUCUGCUCCUGCCACACCUAGACGUAAAUCUAAAAGAGCCCGCACACAACUUCAGACAGAGGAAGAGGGAGAACAAGAAACUGCUCCAGCUGAAGAGAUACAAGCAGAGGAAACCAAAGCAGAGGAAAAAGAAGACAACCAAGAUCUGAUGAUAGAAGAAAAGGACGAGGAGCAGAAAGAAGAAAAUACGGAGCCAGAAGUUGAGAUGGAAAAAGUCGAACCUGUGGCAGAGGUAUCCCUCACAGAGCAAGAGACUGUGGAAGAGGAACAGUCUGCUGUUGCAGAGACAUCUGCAGAUGAGCAGGGAGAGACUGUUGUUGGUGAAAGUGCUGAAGAGACACCACCUACAGAUGAGAGAAUGGUUACCAACGAGGAAGAAACACCAGUUGUUGAAUCAAGAGUUCUGAGAAGUGGUGGAAAGACAGUGACAACCACAACAAGACGGCAAACCACAAAAAUACAAGAUGAGGAGGCAGCUGGAGAGGAAAGCACAGAAGAAGACGAACCAACAGUAGAAGCAAGAGUUCUGAGGAGGGGAAGGAAGUCUGCUCCUGCUACACCUAGACGUAAAUCUAAAAGAGCCCGCACACAACUUCAGACAGAGGAAGAGGGAGAAGAGUCUGAGCCAGCUGUGGAGACUGAAGGGGAUGAAGAAGAGGCAGGGCAGGAAUCACAUGGGGAGAAAGGGAAGAAGGAUGAGGGAGAAGCAAAGAGUAUGGAAACAGAGGUGGAGAAAGAUGUGGAGGAGGAAGAAGUUGAGAAUGUGACAGGUGAAGAAUCUGCUGCAGCAGAGGCAGAGCAGGAAAAGUGGGACAGCAACAAGGAAGCUGUGGAAGAGACUGAUACUGUUGAGAAUCCUACACCUGAAGUAGAAGAGAUGAACUCAGCUGAGGAAGAGGAAACGCCAGUCACAGAGAAAUCUGCUACUACUCUAGAAGACGAGUCUGACACCGCCAUUGCUGGAGAAGAGGCACUAGUUGAAGAUGCCCCUGUGGAGGUAGAGCAAGAAGCUCCAGCUGUAACUACAAGAACACUCAGGAGCAGAACAAAAACUUCACAUGCAUUGAGAAGAUCUGGAAGACACAAAGACCAAGCAGUAGCUGAGAUUCAGCAGCAGGAAGAGGAAAACCCUGAGGAAGAGGAAAUACAAGAAGUGAUUCAAUUGACUGAUGAGUCACUUGAAAAUGGAGAGGAGCCAAAUGCUGAGGAACAAGCAGAAACUGAGGAAACAUCACCUACUGGAAAGGAGGCAGAGCUUCCAGGUGGAGAUGCCGCAGAGGACAAGGCCGAGGAAACAGCUGAUUUGGUAGAUGACAGAGUCAUAGAGCCAGCUGAUGAAGAACCAGUGACAGAGGAAAUGGAAUCACCUGAGGAAGAGCUAUCAGAAAGUAAGGAAAAUAAAACUACGGGCUCCUCAGCAAGCAGAAGUCUCAGAAGCGGAGCAAGAACUGUUGGAGACAAAGAGGAUGACAGAGCAGAAGAAAUCCAACCCCCCAAACGAAGAUCCAUACGAAAAAGACCAAGGGUGGAUUACAGGGAAAACGAGGAGGAAGAGGAGGAUGACAUGAAAGUAGCCAUCAACGAGGAGGAAGAGGACAAGGUGGAAUCCAAUGAGCCCAAAGACAUCAAGGAAGCUGAAUGUCCCGCUGAUGAACAGAUAGGGAAGGAGAACAAUCAAGAAGAGAACAACAUGGGAGCUAAUGAGAGUACCAGUGAAAAGGGGGAUGUCCUAAAUUUAGUAUUAGAUACAGAUGAAGAGGUAGAGACAGCAGGUAUGAGUCAGGAGGAUGAGGAAGAUGAGCAGAAUAUGUCAGAGACAGAGGCGGAACCAAUAGUGAUUGGAAAGAGAGUUUUAAGAGGGAGGUCAGUUCCUUCAGUUACAAUCACACCUCGCUCUAACUCCAAGCGCAGCAGUGCUAAAGUUCAAAGAGCAGAGUCUUUUUCUGAUGAAGAGUCUGAAAAGAGCCCUCAGUCAGCUCAGAGAAGUCUCCGCAAGAGGAAAGCUUCUGAAGUAACUCCAGCUCGCAAAUCUAAGCGUCACAGCAGAGUCUAGGAUGUUAUAUCGAUAUUUUUGAUUCACACUGACACCAAAAUACAUGAAGUCGUCUGUGAUCACAAAACUGGGAAAAUGCAAAAAUAUGUUUGCAUACUUAAUGUUUUAAUGCAAGCAGGCCUUCUGUAGUGUGCAGGCUCACAAUCUAACCUAACAAGCUAGAUCUUUCAUCCUGACCUAAAGCGAGAAUAACUUUUGAAUUAAUAGACUAAAACACACCCUUUCUUAGAUCAGUACACUCAGGGGGAUUUGCUGCUACAGCCUUACCUGGUCUGGUAUGAUCAGUAGCUUAUGGUGGCUAACAUUGGCUAAUGCAAUUUUAGAUAGAUAUCGCUGUGUAACCUACAUUACAGUCAGUUAAAUGACGUAAUGACUCAUCUCUUUGUGUGCUACUGUUACACUACAUUUCAUUUCCCAGUACCUAUCCCAUAAUCAUUACUUGAGGCACAGUUGCUGUUGAGUGAAAGUUAGAGUCUCGCUAUAAAACAUAUAUCAUCUUCUUCAUCAAGGAUCUGACCUGAAGACUACAAACACAAAUCUCUGCCAUUAUGAUCAUUUGAAAGAUGCUAUAAGCAUAUAAAAGUCACCCAUUGUGGCUUUAAAAGAGCUGAGAGCGGGAGCAGACAUCAGGUAUAUGAUACACAGAAGCUAAAUCUCACAGUUUUCCCACCAUUUAAUGGUCCAGUAUGAUACAGUAUCUCAUAAGAGCUUCGUCAGUUUCUCCUCUAACACACUGUGCACCCAAAUAGCCCCCAAAAUACUCACCUUCUUUAAAACUGUACUUAAACAUUAACAGUAUUGGCAGACACAAAUGCAAACUGUGAAAGACCCCUUGACUUCCUCUGCACACUUCACUCAAGGCUACAGAGGUGAAGCUAUUAGUUAUGUUUUUGAGCUGUGGAGGGCAGCAGCGCGCCACAGAUCCAUACAGUCAACUGAACCUGAAAAUAUUUGAAGGCUCCACAUUUAAGGUCUUUUGUUUGUGCAAGUCGAUACUUUUAACAAGUGUUUUUGCCUUUUCCCUGUGUGUCUGUGAACAUCAAUUGUAAUUUGAUUUUAAACACCAAGCCUAAGUUUGAUCAGAGACUGACUGACA